AUGAAAUUCCAAAUCAAUUGCUAUGUGGAGUCUUGUGAAAUCUGCCAAAGAAGUAAGGGCCAUGUACUCAACUAUGCUCUCAACCUGCUUUCUAUCCCUGCUGGUCCCUGGGAAGACAUCUCAUAUGAUUUCAUUGUCAAGUUUCCCAAGUGUAAGGGUUAUGACAGCAUCCUGGUGGUUGUAGACUGCUUCUCAAAGAUGAUGCACUUGAUUCCCUGCAAGGAGGCUGCCACUGCUGAGGACAUAGCUCAGAUGUUCCUGGAGCAUGUCUGGAAGCUACAUGGCACUCCCAAGCGUACUGUGUCUGACAAAGGGACUACAUUCAACUCCAAGUUUCUUAAGGCACUCUAUAAAUCUCUGCAAAUAAAUCCUAGUUUCUCUACUGCUUAUCACCCACAAUCUGAUGGGCAAACUGAGAUCAAGAACCAAUGGCUGGAGGCUCAUUUACGUCCCUUCAUCAAUCAUAGACAGUCUGAUUGGGUUGAUUGGCUCCCACCGGCUGAAUUUGCUCAUAACAAUGCCAGAAGUGAAGCAACAGGCAAAUUACCCUUUGAAAUUGUGUAUGGCCACUCUCCUGUCAUUUCACCACUCCUGGAACUCACCAGAUCACCUGAUGCUGAUGACAGAGCCAAGCAACUGGCUGAGACAAUUCAGGAAGUACAGGCAUCAAUCAAAUGGGCUCAGGAGCACUACAAACAGGCAAACACAGGGAAACCACCUCCUGAGUUUCAACCAGGAGACAAAGUUUGGCUUCUGGCUUCCAACAUCAUAUUGCAGCAUCCCAGCAAAAAGUUUGACUAUAAACAGUAUGGCCCUUUCCCUGUCCAUAGAAAGAGUGGGCUCUCAUGCUUAUUGCCUGGCUCUCCCUGA